AUGCCAGUUAUCGAACUGCUGCCCAGUAAUAACACAGAAAGUGAAAGGUGAGUUAAUUUAUAGCUAGCUAACCCCAGAAGGGCUAUGCUAAUUAGUUAGCCACAGAGGCCUACGCAGCUAACGUUAGCAUAGCUUGCUAACUUGUUUACUAUUUUUUACAGGGGUUAUUAGCUAUGUAUCUAACAAGUCCGUGGAACAAUAUUGUGCUAAACUGACUUUCGUUAUUUUUCUCAAAGUUGACUAAGUAUAUUUAGUUUUAAUCGAAGUCUGUAUAAUUUUGGUUAUUACAGUUGGCUGCGGUUUAUAUCGCAUUCUGCGGAUGUUUUUGGCUAAGGUAACUAACUAGCUAGCCUGUUUACACUAGCUCGCCAAUUUACUAGCUAAUGCUAGCUAGCCAGAUCUCUGCCUAGUUAACUAGCUUUGUCAAAGUACUGUUUACUUGCUUCAUGUGUGACAGAUUAAGAAACCAAUUAACUACUGCAAUAUGUUUCUCAAUAAUGAUGGAAUAAAUGGACUGACACAUUUUAUUUCGUCGAAUGUUCUAGGAGACGUUAGUUAUUAACUACUUAGUCAGCUGUUUACAUUUCAAAUGAGGGAGGUGUUAAAAAAUGGAAUUAUUAAUUAAUUUACCUGGGGAAAAAAGCAGAGAACCAUUCACACAGACAAGAUACAUGUAUUUUGGUCACAGGGUCUGAAAAUACCAGUGGUGUAUAGUACUUUUUUGGGUUAUCUUGUACCUUACUUGACUGAUUAUAUUUUUGACCACUUACUAAACUACAUUUCUCUGACACCCCAAAGUACUAGUUACAUUUUGAAAGCAGGACAGGAAAAUUGUCCAAUUCACCCACUUAUCAAGAGGUCAUCCCUAUUGCCUCUGAUCUGGCGGACUCACUAAUGACAGAUUUUUGUCUGUAUAUGAAAAGGAUACUAGGUACUAGCCAUUGCAGCAAAUAUUUUACUUUCAACACUUAAACACUUGUUAGCUGCUCACCUGCAGGUAUCGAGAUCAUAUCUGUUCACUCAAUGUGAUUUAUUAACCAAUAUUUGUUUUGCCAAUUAAAAGCCUUGAUGGCUUGACUGACUGUUAUCCUAGUUUAAGAAGAACAUGAGUGACAGCUAGUGUGCCUAAAAACCAAACUACAGGAUAUGUACAGUCUCUAAAAGUAGGUAAUUUAGUUAAAAACAACCUAGCUAGAGGGACAGAAGUGUACAUGUUGAGGCUUACUUAUAUUUUGACAUAACCUUAUCAUAAUUCCCAUCCCUUCUCCUCUGUGGGAAUUACACUGCUCAAAAAAAUAAAGGGAACACUUAAACAACACAAUGUAACUCCAAGUCAAUCACACUUCUGUGAAAUCAAACUGUCCACUUAGGAAGCAACACUGAUUGACAAUAAAUGUCACAUGCUGUUGUGCAAAUGGAAUAGACAACAGGUGGAACUUAUAGGCAAUUAGCAAGACACCCCCAAUAAAGAAGUGGUUCUUCAGGUGGUGACUACAGACCACUUCUCAGUUCCUAUGCUUCCUGGUUGAUGUUUUGGUCACGUUUGAAUGCUGGUGGUGCUUUCACUCUAGUGGUAGCAUGAGACAGAGUCUACAACCCACACAAGUGGCUCAGGUAGUGCAGCUCAUCCAGGAUGGCACAUCAAUGCGAGCUGUGGCAAGAAGGUAUGCUGUGUCUGUCAGCAUAGUGUCCAGAGCAUGGAGGCGCUACCAGGAGACAGGCCAGUACAUUAGGAGACGUGGAGGAGGCCGUAGGAGGGCAACAACCCAGCAGCAUGACCGCUACAUCCACCUUUGUGCAAGGAGGAGCAGGAGGAGCACUGCCAGAGCCCUGCAAAAUGACCUCCAGCAGGCCACAAAUGUGCAUGUGUCUGCUCAAACGGUCAGAAACAGACUCCAUGAGGGUGGUAUGAGGGCCCGACGUCCACAGGUGGGGGUUGUGCUUACAGCCCAACACCGUGCAGGACGUUUGGCAUUUGCCAGAGAACACCAAGAUUGGCAAAUUCGCCACUGGCGCCCUGUGUUCUUCACAGAUGAAAGCAGGUUCACACUGAGCACGUGACAGACGUGACAGAGUCUGGAGACGCCGUGGAGAACGUUCUGCUGCCUGCAACAUCCUCCAGCAUGACCGGUUUGGUGGUGGGUCAGUCAUGGUGUGGGGUGGCAUUUCUUUGGGGGGGCCACACAGCCCUCCAUGUGCUCGCCAGAGGUAGCCUGACUGCCAUUAGGUACCGAGAUGAGAUCCUCAGACCCCUUGUGAGACCAUAUGCUGGUGCGGUUGGCCCUGGGUUCCUCCUAAUGCAAGACAAUUCUAGACCUCAUGUGGCUGGAGUGUGUCAGCAGUUCCUGCAAGAGGAAGGCAUUGAUGCUAUGGACUGGCUCGCCCAUUCCCCAGACCUGAAUCCAAUUGAGCACAUCUGGGACAUCAUGUCUCGCUCGGAUCCACCAACGCCACGUUGCACCACAGACUGUCCAGGAGUUGGCGGAUGCUUUAGUCCAGGUCUGGGAGGAGAUCCCUAAGGAGACCAUCCGCCACCUCAUCAGGAGCAUGCCCAGGCGUUGUAGGGAGGUCAUACAGGCACGUGGAGGCCACACACACUACUGAGCAUCAUUUUGACUUGUUUUAAGGACAUUACAUCAAAGUUGGAUCAGCCUGUAGUGUGGUUUUCCACUUUAAUUUUGAGGGUGACUCCAAAUCCAGACCUCCAUGGGUUGAUACAUUUGAUUUCCAUUGAUAAUUUUUGUGUGAUUGUGUUGUCAGCACAUUCAACUAUGUAAAGAAAAAAGUAUUUAAUAAGAUUAUUUCAUUCAGAUCUAGGAUGUGUUGUUUAAGUGUUCCCUUUAUUUUUUUGAGCAGUGUAAAAUGAAGUGUAGACCAAUAAAGCCUAGACGACACUAAAAAACUUCCCCUAACACAAGUAGACUCACCAUGGAGUCUCUUUCAUUGAUUAUUCUCAAUGGUUGCAAAUCAUCUUGAAUACAACUAUUCUUGUGUAGUAAGGUUAUAGUAUUCUAUCAGAAGGGACACAGACGCAGCACUAUUUGCACAUUUUUUAUUGGUCAAGUCUGUGCCCAAUGCUGUGUUAUUUAUGGUCUGUUAUGUUGGUGGGGCAUUGAGGAGCAGUCUGUUUACUAGAGGAAGAGGCCCCACCAUUUAAGUGCUUUGAGGAGAGGUUAGGUGUCCAUAAAUGCCUCAAAAUGAUUCCCCUUUGGCCUAAUAUCUAGUGUAUUGUUCUGCGAGACAGUAUUUUUCCACAUCAGAUUCAUUCAACUGUUAAAGGCUGUUACGCAAGUGGUGGAGACUCAUCUCCCACCUGACUAAGCCAGCUGUCACAAGUUAAGCCUCUUCAUGAAUAUUGCCUACUGUGUAGCAGAGUGUAUGGGGAUUUUAAGGAGUAUUGUGAAUGGCGUAGAAUAGCAGUGCCGUUGAAUCUGCAGGAACAACAUGCAGGUGGAAUGCAAACGGACAGGGAUUUGACAUAAGGAUGCUAGUUGGAUAUUAUUUGCAAUCUGAUCAUGCAGUUUCCAAAGGAACCUUAUUCACUAGAACCACUUAUUAGGGAUUCCAGUCAAUAUGCCGCACAAAUUAUAAGUGAUGAGGCUAGGAGGUAUAUCACUGUUACUCUGAGGUUGAGCUCCAAGGUUGACACAAUGCUUCUUACUUUGCUUUCACAUGUCUGCUCCACAUAUAAAGCUGGAGUGGUGUUUGCGUAAGAGAGCGUCCGUGAGCAGUAACGUCACCCCUAAUGGGGGUUAUUCACUUUUUGAGCUUUGAGAAUAGGCAUACUCUGCUCUGCUAGCGCAACCCCCACACAAAAGCUUAUUCUGAAUCUAAACUAGAACACACACUCACGUUGUGGCUUAAGCAAAAUGGCUGAUCGGUAGAGUGGGUAAUCCGGCACGUCUCAGUGAUGUAAGAGGUUGGCGUUUUUGUCCUUAGUGCAGACUUGUAUUAGGCCAAAAACGAGACACUAUUUUUACCACCCUAAUUUUUUGCCUGGUAGCUGAAAAUGUUCUCAGUAUUUUUCCAUUGACAUUGUUGCCAAAUUUUUGCCCACAAGCAGCAGUCAUCUCUCCCCCAUAGGCUACUCCUACUGUGACAGUUCUCUCUGACUAAUCAGUGUGACGUCAACUGUGAAUCAAUCACAAAGGGAGCAAUCAACCUGUGUGAAAGCAGUCAUUUUGUUUGUCAUCACUCAUUGGGACAUCCUGUUACCCAAUGCGCUUUGUUGCCAACAAAGGAAAUAAAAUGUCUCCUGCCUGUUACUUAUUUUGCCUCGAGCAAAGUGUUCCAUUCAGACGUGUAAAGAUUUAGUCAGCGGAAUAGUUUGAACUUCAACCCUUUGUUAUUUGAAUAUAUACCCUAACCAGGACAAUGUUUUACCAUAUUAGUAAUGUGAGUUACAUGGACUGGAAUGACGAUACAUUAACAUCCAAAGGGACAUUUUCCCUGGUCUCCAGUUAGGCCAGCUCAUAGUCAGUGAAUCCUUGAGUAAUAAUGGCUCCGUACUUCUGUGUCCUCCAGCACCUCCAGUCCGAGGCGGUGUUCCCACUGUUGCAGUAACCCGUGUCCGGGGCCUCUGUGGUGUUCCUGAUGCCCCUCACCCACCCCUAAAGAUCCCAGGUGGGCGAGGGGAUGACCAGCGGGAUCGCAAUCUUUCAGCUAAGCUAUUCUACUCUGUGAGUCCACUCUCUUAUCUUUGUCCUUCACAUCCUCUGGUGUUAAGCUACCUGUAUCAAACCUCUUUUCAAACCUGCUAAUUUAUCCGUUCUCCUGCAGGAUGCUCGGUUGCUGGUUCUUGAGGAGCCGCCCCCUGCCAAUGGCAGAGUACGUUUCCUGCUCUUUGAGCCCCGUCGCUCAGAGGGCAAGCACUGUGUCUGGAGGGGGGCACUGAAAGGGGGGAACAUCUACAUCGAGAUCCCCCCUGGAGUUCUGCCCGAGGGCAGCAAAGACAGGUCAGUGAUCCAAUGCAAGUACAACCUCUCGUUGUCCUUUAGUUCCACUUUAGACUGUUUUAAAGGCGCAAUAUGCAGAAAUCACUCCACCAUUGCCUGGUUGCUAAAAUUCGAAAUGUUUGUCAAAUUUCAGGUGACAACUAGUGUGGAGAUUCAUUGUACCAUCUAAACCGCUGUGAAAUAUAUUUUCAAUAACCAAAAAUAUAGUAUAUCCAGCUGUUUGAAGCUGGAGUACAAAACCAAAAGUAAGAAGAUGCAAAGAAAUGAAAAUUUGGGAUGGGGAAGCAUAGAAAUAGCACACAUAGAAUGGAUCUAUCGCUUAUCAGACUUUCUUACAAUGAUAAUGACAGAUCUAUAACUCACAUUUCUAUGUGAAUUUGGUCAGGUCGCGCACAAAGAUACAUAUUGCGCUUUCUACUAGUUUGACAUUGUUGUUUCUAUUGCUUGCUGACUGCAGUGCACUACCUUCAUAACUCAUUGACUUCAUCUCUCCAGUUUUGCUCUCCUGCUGGAGUUUGCGGAAGAGAAGCUGCAGGUUGACCAUGUCUUCAUCUGCUUCCACAAGAACCGAGACGACAGAGGUAAGUCCCUAUGUGUGUGUCUGCGUCUGCUUCCAGUCAACCCCUCUGUUAAUGCUUUGUUAUGAGGCAGUUCUCUCACUGUCCUUUUCUCUCUUUCUCUCUCCAGCAUCUCUGCUGCGUACCUUCAGCUUCCUGGGCUUUGAGAUUGUGAGACCAGGUCAUCCACUCGUCCCUACCCGCCCCGAUGCUUUCUUCAUGGCUUACAGCAUCGAACGAGGCUCCUUCGACGAUGAAUAA